GUCUGUGUGCGCGGGGAGGACGGAGUCAGACACUGUAUGGGAUAUCCUGUUCACCUGUUGGACAGUAGAACUUUGUUUGAAUUCGUCUUUUUUAAACUUUAUUCAAAGCCUCCACCAUGACAGACGCUCUUUUACCAAACGGAAUUCAAGACAGCGGCGGAGACAGCAAUUAUUUCAGAAAGGGUUGUAACCCUUUUGCCCAAACUGGACGAAGUAAACUGCAGAAUAAGCGAGCCACUUUGAACCAGCAGAUCAUCAAAGAGAUGAGACUGAGAAACGGAGCAGAAAACCUGCUGAAGGCCACAUCUAACAACAAGGUUAAAGAAAUGGUCCUCCUGGAGCUGAGUUACGUUAACUCCAACCUGCAACUACUAAUGGGGCAGUUGGAAGCACUCAACAGCUCGGUGGAGGUCUACCAGAGCUCCCAUGAAAUGGCCAGCAUCCCUCUCAUUGCUCUGGGCCUGAAGGAGACAAAAGAAGUCGACUUCUCCACUUCUUUCAAGGACUUCAUCUUAGAGCACUACGGCGAUGAUGGGAAUAGUUUUGAAGAUGAGAUUGCGGAUCUGAUGGAUCUGCGACAGGCUUGCCGAACUCCAAGUCGGAAUGAGGCCGGGAUAGAACUGCUGGCAAAAUACUUCAGUCAUCUUCCUCUGGUUGAGAGUCGAUUCUUCUCCCCAAACCGCCAGACACACAUCUUCUUCACCUGGUAUGACUCAUUCACGGGAGUGCCACUGUGCCAGCAGUACCUAUCUCUAGAGAAGGCUAGUAUCCUCUUCAACAUGGCCGCACUCUACUCCCAGAUUGGUACCCGAUGUAACCGUCAAACAAUAGCCGGACUGGAGGAAGCCGUCACAGCCUUUCAAAAGGCUGCAGGAAUCCUGCACCACCUAAAGGAGACGUUCACCCACGUCCCCAGCUACGACAUGAGUCCAGCCAUGCUCAGUAUGCUGAUUCGAAUGAUGUUGGCUCAGGCUCAAGAGUGUCUGUUUGAGAAGACUGCCCUGCCUGGGAUCAGAAACCAGUUCAUCUCCUUGCUCAAAAUGGCCCAGGAGGCUGCUAAGGUCUCAGACGUCUACAACCAAGUCCACCAGUCCAUGAUUCAGACACCAGUCAAAGACCAUGUGCCGUUGUUCUGGUUCACCAUGUCUCAAGUCAAAGCCAACCACUACCGCUCCAUGGCUCACUUCUUUGUAGCUUCAGCAAUGUUGGACCACCAAUUGAGUCCCAGUGAUGAUGAAGACCAGCAGGAGAAGACCUUGUCGCAGGUUUAUGAUCAUCUUCCUGAGGGACAUUCGCCUCUGGACAUCCUAAAGAAUAUAAAUGAGCGCCAACGUUUUGGUAAAGCUCACAUUCGUCGAGCUAUCCUGGGUCACGAGGAGGCGCUGAGGCUCUACAGUCUGUGCAAUAACUUGGACAAGCUGGAGAUCCUGGAGGAGAUUUUAAAAGCCAGUCACCAGCGCUCGCUCAACAAAUACACAGAAAAUAGCGAUGAGGAUGAGUUCACAGACUAUGUGGAAGCGCCUGACAUCAUUCCUAAAACCGACCAAAAAGCAGAGAUGGAAGUUCCUGUCACCACAAAGGGCCCGCUGUCAUUCUUCUCAGCCAAGCAGCACUGGACUGCACCAAGGACAGUACGGCUUACAACACAAGAUAGAGACCUGGGCUUCACCCUGAAAGGAGAACCACCAGUCCAAGUGGUUUCACUGGAUCCCCUCUGCCCAGCUGCUGCUAACGGCCUGAAAGAGGGUGACUACAUUGUUUCUGUAGGCGACACAGACUGUAAAUGGAUGGGCCUGAGUGAGGUGAUGCGGUUGUUGAAGGACGUGGAUGAAGAAGGGAUUGACAUCCAGGUGGUCAGCACAGUGGACAGCAACUCUCCGAUGCCUACAAAGAGUGCCACCUUCUCAGGAAACCUGCCUAAGACUUACUCCAUGAUUUGCUUGCCCUUGGAUGAAGAAGAUAAGAACUCCAAAUCACGCAAAGUGAGCAAAAAGCCAUCUUUCAUCAGCUGGGGACUGAAGAACAAGCUGAAGAGUGUGAGCACGCUCAGUCUUCCCACAGCGGAAUCCUCUGGCACACUGCCCUGGAACAAACCCUGUCCCACGUUCCCCGUUUCCAGUUCUUACAACGACAGUGCCCUCUACUGAGCUUACUACAGUGGUUUCUUUACAGUAUGUAUUGAGCCUACUCUGACUACACUACAGUAUCAGUCCUGUGCUGUACCCAUACUGGACCUGCUAUGAUGAUUGUACAAAAUCAGCGCCCCUUGGUUUUCCACUGGAGUACUCAUGUAUAUCACUUGUACGUCACAAGUGCAAUGAUGAUACUUCUAUCAGCUAUUUUGGAGAGUGGAAGUACCAAAAUGUCUACCCCUGUCUGUUGUGGUUGGGUAUCUGAAGUGGACUUGAUUUUACACCAAACAUGUCAGGAAGACUUUCUGGGCCAACCAGUAUGCGUACAGCACAGUACAGCUGUACUGCGGAAAAAAUACAGCAGUCUUCACUGCAGACUGUAAAUGAGUUUUACAAAGAGAUCCAGUGAUGGUUUCUAUGUUACUGUUUUAUGGCUUCAACUAAUGAUUGUGUUCAUUAUGGAUGACUGUCACUCAUUCGUUGUAUUAUUUUAUUAUUUGAAAACACUUUUUUUUUUAAGUCAAUUUCCUCUUCCUCUCACACGCUAAGUACAUGCAUUCCACUUGCAGACUUUGUCUAUCCAGUAGUCCAUUUGGAAUGAUCAAAAGAAAAGUAUCAAAGUCAGUCAUUUUCCUUGAUUAUGACUUAAAGGGAUUUGAUUAUCAAAAUGGUAAUGCUUUAUAUUAAAGUUCUUCUAUUAAGCAUCAGUUAAUUAGUAAUAAAGCUCUUAUGACUUCAUGGGUGCUUAUUAUGUGUUAACAAGAUAUUUACAAGUGUUAAUGGCAUAAUAAGCAUGUUUAUUUACAUAAUUAGACAUUCAUAAAGGCACGUUAACCUUUUGUAAACUCUUUGAGCAUAUGAACAAAAUGCUUCUGAGUUCCUUAUAACUGUUUAUAAUAUUCUAGACACAUUUAUUGAGUUAGUAGAUAGAGGUCCUCAGUCAUCCUGGUAAGCAAUAUCUUAAAAUUUUAUUCUACAGCAACCAAACUUCUUGUUGGUCUUCAAGCUGACCUAUUCUCCCCCCCCCCCCCCCUCAUCCAAGUAGUUUCUUCCCUUUUUGUAUUUUAUUUAUUGUUAUUUUUUUAAAUAAUUAAUUUUUGCAAACUUACCAAUCACUUCAGUGUUUUACCAUGAAGGGCUUUUUAAGCUUCAUUGUGAUGAACACAAUUAAUUAUGCACUACUAACAUUUAACUAAGCUUCAUAUAGCUAUGGCUCUGAGUAAACAGCUGCACAUAAUCAACAAUAAAUGUUUAUAAGUUAUGAACACUUGUAUAGUCUUAUUAAUGUAAUCAUGUUAAUAGGCAUUUUAUUACUGAUUUUAUCAUUUUAUUUUAUUUUAUUUUAUUAAAGGAUGUAGUACAACUGAACUAAUGCUUAUUGCAAGGCCCUUAAUCUAAAGCAGUACCAUUGAAAUAGUUGCAUAUUAUUUUCCAGUUGAUUAAUUGAUUAAUCAUUUGAACUCUAAAUGUCUAGUAAUUAAGAGUUCUUCUGUAGAAUAUAACUGCCUUUGUUAAUGUGCAAUUUGAAGGUACUCCUGUUGUGUAUGUGAGCUGAGUAUAUUCGUUUCAUGUUUAAUAUGUGAAGGAUUUGAUUGUUGCCAUAAUAUCUUUGUGCUUAUUGGGUAUUGAUAAGUUUUAAGGUAUGGAAAACGGUUUCUGAGUAUGCACAUGUAAUAAAUGUAUUUACAGUCUGUUAACAGUGAAUUAGGGAAAACGACAGCUGAUUUUGUUUGCAGAGUUGAUAAAUGCAGUGUGCUGUAAACUGCUAAAAACGUAUAUACACCGUGGUCAUGUAUUCUCAGUGUUGUAUUUGCAAAUGUAAAUACUGGUAUUUUAGUACCAGCUAUGUCACAAACCCAAAUGCCUUCAUGCUUCUGGUGUGCCAGGAUUUGCAAUUUUGCAAUACAUUUGUGACUAACCUCAAUAUUUCACUGACUUCUGGCCUGGAUAUGUCACUCCUUCAGGCAGUCUGUCCAUUUGUAAGCGCAGCACUCCGGUAACAUGAAUCAUGCUGUGGAUAACAGUUCAUGUGUCUUCAAAGGGAAGAAUGUGGACAGACUGAUGACACUCCUGAGUAAUACCUGGCCGCCGGUCAGUGAACUUUGGUCAAAGCUCACAGGCAAAUUUCUAGUCAUUGUCUCUACCUGUGUUAAAGUUACAUCACAUAUUUUACUGACACUCUGCAGUGUUGGUCUAUUUCUUUUACUGACACUCUGCAGUGUUGGUCUAUUUCUUUAUCUACAAAGUAGAUUCUUGUAUUCUAGAUUCUUGUACACAUUUGAUAUUUAUGUAAAAAUGCAGAAAAAAAUUGUAGCUAUAAGUGGUAGGUUUCAGAACAAUUUGUAAAUGGUCAAAUUGUGAAUUUUGCACGUUUGAUUUCAUGGAAUGUAUUUUACUCGUACGUAUGUAUUGGUACAUUAUUUCUAUGUAAACGUAUUUUAUCAUGUAAAUGUCAGAUUAUAAAUGGUAACAGAGGAAAUGUUACUUGUUGUUUUACAUGUAAUUGUCAUUCAUUCUUAUUUGUGAAGGAAAAUGUCACAAUUAGUGCACCGUCUUCGUUUUCUAGAGGCGUCUAUAACCUACACGUUGUAGACUUUGAACUUUGUUUUUCUGUACCUGAUUUCCUAAUGGUUUCAGGAGCAUUUUCUUUCUUGCACACUGUGGUACAUAUUAAUUCUGGUGUGACUGAUUUAUUAUGUAUUCUUGGUCAUGUGAAGAAAAAUCAAAAUAAAAGAAGGGAUAAAACAUC